CACUCUUUUUCCGUCGCUCUCACAUUAGUCCUGUCUGUGCUUUCAGCAUUGACUGGUUACUACCAACUCGCCUCUCAGCUUGUUACCACAGCCUUCCCUGAUCGUAAAAAGUGCUGCUCUGGACUAUUAGACGCCCCGUCUUGAAGUGGCCCGAGACUCAAGGCCACGGGACAAGCAGCUUCUCUGAGGAUAAUUCUUUCAAGGACUUGGGGAGCAAGUAUCUAGAUCUCAUCUUGGAAUAUCUCCUGCAACACAGGACUUGACUAUCGGAUGCUGGCCGUUCCCUCGUAGUGGUCUGUCUGAGCACCUCGUUCCUCUGAGUGGGUUCCGCAUUGUUGAGGUGUGCGAGUGCAUUGGGGGUAUAGCAGCUGAGAGCUGCCGUUCUGGACUCCUGCAGUGAUUCCAGGUGAUUUUCCCUGAUCAGUUGGCUGAGUUUAGGCUGCAAACAUGGCGUCGUUGAGAAGUUUGAUCCUGGCAGUGCUGCUGGCUCUGCUGUGCUCCUUCCACACCCCGCUGGCGCCCGCCGCCAAGGCCCAGGACCUGCCCUUCCGCCACGAGGACGGCCUGAUGGCCGAUCACCACCAUGACCAUGACGAUGAUGAUGACGACGACGACGAUGAUGAUGAUAGUGAUGAAGAUGAUGACCAUGACGAUGAUGAUGACGACGAUGAUGAUGAUGAUAGUGAUGAAGAUGAUGAUGAUGAUGAUGACGACGACGACGACGACGAUGAUGAUGACGACGAUGAUGAUGAUGAUAGUGAUGAAGAUGAUGACGAUGACGACGAUGAUGAUGAUGACGAUGAUGAUGACGAUGAUGAUGAUGACGAUGACGACGAUGAUGAUGAUAGUGAUGAAGAUGAUGACCAUGACGAUGAUGAUGACGACGAUGAUGAUGAUGAUAGUGAUGAAGAUGAUGAUGAUGACGACGACGAUGAUGACGAUGAUGAUGAUGACGACGAUGAUGACGACGACGAUGAUGAUCACGAAGAUCACCAUGAUGAAGCUGCUUACCACCAAGGCUCUCUGUGCGCUUUCUGUGAAUUCUGUGAGCACUGCGACAGCUGCGACAAGUGUCCUUGUGAGGAGGGAGACAAGUCCAAACACUGCGACGACUGCAAGAUGUGCACGUUCUGCCAUGUGUGUCCUCUUUGUGAAACUAUUUGCAAGCCUGGAGGAUUCGUUGAUGAGGUAACCGGAUCAAUCUACAAGACUGUGGCCGACGUGUUCGACGACGAGGCCAACUGAAGAAAAGCAAAUGUCGCCACCAUGUGGCCGUCUCGCAUAUUUCACCUUCUGAGUUGUCCUUUUUCUUUGUCGUUUUCCUUGAGAAGCUUUCACAUUUGCUCAACAAUGGCUGAAUAGAAAUUGUUAAGAUAAACUUUAAUAUAUUUGUGUACACGUGUUACGUUUAAAGGAAAAUAUAAUGAAAGUUAUCUACCGGAUCGUGUUAAAUAAAAAAAAAAAGGAAGGGGCAUUUUCAGUCAUCUGUGUCCUUGGUUUCAAAUGCUCAAAAACUUGAAUAAAACAUUUUAUUUAAGAUAAA